UAUUGAGAGAUCGGGAAGCGGACCGCCUUAAUCCUCCACCCCCAACUGAGCCUAGAAAACGCAAGUAUGCAGGUAGCGACAGCGAUCCUAAAGGAAAGCGUCCAAAAUCGGCGAAGUCAAUCACACCGACUAGCGGACAAACGCCUGGCUCUUCAGCAUGUGCGAAUAUGCCUAAAGUCACUGUCACUCUUAAGCUGCCCCCAAAACCUUUGGAGCCAGACGGCUUCCCAUGUUGUCUUUGCGUUUCGAAAUCGAGAGAUGGUCUAUUACGUGUCCAGCAUCCACCCAUCGGUAGGAGAGAUUUGCCCGAAUCUUUGGCGACCGUUUUCAACCUUGAGUCGUGGAUGGCCCAUGAAGAGUGUGCGAAAGUCAUACCCGAGACGUGGGUGGAUGAGGUGGAUGUCGGGGACCCGGACAACAAUGGAGGCAUGAGCAAGGAACGAAGGGUGUUUGGCGUGGAUGCCAUUGUAAAAGACAGGUGGAACCUCAAAUGCGUAGCGUGCACGAAAGGGAGAUCAAAGGCACAUGGGGCUCCCAUUCAAUGCACCAAGGGCAAAUGUACCAAGUCGUUCCAUGUCUCAUGCGCACGAGAAGGCGCUUCCGGCGUCGCAUAUUCGGUCGUGCGGGAGCUGGAGAAGGAGGUGUUGCUCGUGGGGUAUCAUUCACCUCUUGGCGAGCUGCUCGAACCCGGGUUGCCUUUGGACGCUAGCCAACCGGUCCCCACUCCUGCCGAUCCUCAAGUCCUGAAGGUUAUUAGGAAGAACGAAGUGCAGGCAGUAGCAGCAGCCAAGAAGGCGAACAAGCAAGCCAAGAUUCGUAACGAGUUGAUGUCGUUACCGCCGAUGUCCCGAAUCAAGAUCCGCGUUAGCUCUGGUGUCUUCGAGGUUUCGCUGGUGCGUAUCAUCGAAGAAAACAAAUCGAUUGAAGUCCUCUGGGACAGGGGGGUCAAGCGAGAGUUCAAGUGGGGCAACGUCCUCUUUGGCUCAAGUGAUGGUCAGGCAGUGGUACAAAAACCAGCUGAACCUGCACCACCACAGCCGCCGCCACCACCACAAUCGACACUUCCUCCCGUUCCUAAUGCGCAGGCAUUUUCCACGUAUCCUGGAUUGAUGGGCAGCCCUUCAACUGCUCCACCUAUGACAGCUCCACCGAUACAUUUGCCAACUCACCCUGUAAUAGCGAAUACUAGUGGCACCGGAGCGUGGCCAUAUUCUAUUUACCAAACUCCCCAGACCCAGGCGUAUCCUUCGUUACCGUACACCUACCCGGCUUAUUAUGCCGCGCCUCAAGGACAUUGUCCUCCAGCCAAUAGCAGUAACACUGCGCAGGGCACGUAUAGAUUUCAGUUGAAAUGGCAACAGCCAUACAUUGGUCCAAAGACUAAUGCAGAUUCUACAGCACCGUCGACGUCUGCCCCACCGCCGAUGUCUUCGCAGGACGUGGCCACCGCAGCGGUUCCAACUACUCACAUUACAUCAUGAAGUAACUGCCCUGUUUGUUUAAUUAAUAUUGAAGAGGAAACCCCG